UUAGCAAGUGAAUAUUCUCCUCGAAAGUGAUGGAUACCUCAUAGACGCGUCAGUGUUUUAUGCGCUCUCGGAAAAAUAAUUCACGUACGUAACACGCUUCCAAUUAACAGCUAUUUUGUUAUUUGUAUAUUCAAACUGGUCAACAUGUGUGAUAUUACCUGUUCGACUUAAAUCUUGAAAUUUACUUCACAGUUUGAUAUAUAAACGAAACUAGGGAUCACAAUAACGCUUAAUGGAAUCGUCACUAGAAAACGUUACGUCAUCGAUUAUAAACGUUACCACUGUUAACGUUACCCUGUCGGACAAGGAGCUGUUGGACUUGAGGCUUGGUGACCGACAUAUGUCGAUGGUUGCUCUGGUUGUCCUGAACGUCAUCUAUAUUGCCAUAUUCGUCAGUGGUAUGCUGGGGAAUAUAUGUACUUGCGUAGUGAUCGCAAGGAACCGGUCCAUGCACACAGCUACGAAUUACUAUCUCUUCAGUUUGGCCAUUGCUGACCUUCUCACACUUCUUCUUGCACUACCGCCAGAGCUUUACACGUACUGGGAGGCAUAUCCGUGGAGAUUGGGACAAGUGUUUUGUAUUAUUAAGUCCUAUAUACAGGAACUGACGUCAUACGCAUCGGUGCUGACCAUCGCUGCCUUCACGAUCGAGAGAUACCUCGCUAUUUGUCACCCAAUGACCUUGCAAGUCCUCAAUCAUCCCACCCGAGCCAUUAAACUGUUAAUAAUUCAAUGGAUCGCGGCUGUCAUAAGCGCAUUCCCUUACGCCCUUUACACAAGGACCUUUUAUUUCGUCUACCGUAACGAAUCCAGCGAUCCCAUUCCUGACUCGCUGAUUUGUAAUGUACCCAACGAACAUAGGGAGACAAUGACGUACUUUUUCCAAAUUUCAACAUUUGUGUUCUUCGUGUAUCCAAUGUCUGUGAUUUUAAUUAUGUACAUUCUUAUUGGAAUGAAGUUACGAAAAUCAAACCCUGUUCCCCACGACAGAAACAAUGCUGUCGUGCAAGCUCGGAAAUCAGUAAUAAAGAUGCUAGGUUAG